ACAACAAACAACAAUUUCAUUACACACAGAGGUGAGCUAGGUUGGAGUCAAAGCUAAGGAGAAGAGGAAAAGGAGGUCAGGGAGAGGGAGGUCAUGGUAAUGGAAAGCGCCCCAGAGAAGUUGAAGCUGCUGCUGGGGGUGCUGGCGCUGCAGUGCUGCCUCGCGGGGUUCCAUAUUGUGUCCAGGGCAGCCCUCAACAUGGGCAUCAGCAAGAUCGUCUUCACCGUCUACCGCAACUGCAUCGCCUUGGCAUUGCUCAUACCUUUUGCAUACUUCCUUGAAAAGAAAAAUAGACCACCCCUCACCUUCUCUUUGCUGGCCCAGCUCUUCUUUCUGGCAUUCUGCGGGAUAACAUGCAACCAGGGUUUCUAUCUUCUUGGUUUGCACUACCUGUCUCCAACCUAUGCUUCUGCUAUCCAAAAUACAGUACCAGCAAUAACCUUUGCCUUGGCUGCUUCUCUGAGGCUUGAGCAAGUAAACAUAAACAAGAGGUAUGGGAUGGCAAAAGUGAUUGGCACAGUUGUAAGCGUAGGGGGAGCAACUGUCAUUACUCUCUACAAAGGGACACCACUGAUGAACUUCAAGUCAUCCUAUAUUUUGGGAGCCAACACUGUGUCUCAAAAUGUAGUUUUGAAUUGGAGUGUGGGUUGCCUUUUCCUCCUUGGCAAUUGCAUUGCCUGGUCUGGAUGGAUGGUACUUCAGACCCCAGUCUUGAAGAAAUACCCAGCCAGGUUGUCAAUGCUUGCGCUGACCCUGGCAUUCGGGCUGGUACAAUUCUUGGCCAUAGCAGCAUUCUGGGAGAAUGACAUUGGGAAGUGGAGGCUUCAUUCUGGAGAAGAGCUCUUCACAAUCCUCUACGCUGGUCUAGUUGCUUCAGGGGUUGCUUUAUCUCUUCAGAUCUGGUGCAUUGACAGGGGUGGUGCUCUGUUCACUGCUAUCUUCCAACCUGUACAAACUGUCAUGGUGGCUAUAAUGGCUGCCGUCAUUCUUGGCGAUCUACUAUACACAGGAGGGAUCAUUGGAGCUGUCCUUAUAGUGAUUGGCCUCUACCUUGUGUUGUGGGGUAAAAACGAGGAGAAGAAAAGCAACAGUAACCAACCAGAUUUGUCAAGGCAUCUCCUCAGUGAAGAGUCUUCUCGACCAACGACUGUGACAAGUGAUGUUCCAUAAAAGCAGUAACCAACCAUCACUGCUAUUAUAAAAUGCACAAGUAUAGAAUUAAUGUGCAAGGUGAUGCAAGUGUGGAUUGAUAGGGGUUUUUCUAGGUUAUAUCUAGUUUAGGAAUAAUAUAGUUAUAUUUUCAUGCUUGGUUCUAAUAUACAAUUCUAUUUUCAACAUGCUGUUGAGUAGUAGUUGAUUGCACCAAAAAGAGACCAAAGAUGUUGGAUGAUUUUAUAUUGUUUGCUACAUACGAUUAUCAUCUUUGGUCUCAGUUCUACUACUCAAUUAAUAGGAGUGUAUGUAGCAAACAAUAUAAAAUCAUCAAAUUAAAUGAUAAUCGUAUGUGAUUGAAUAGAUACCGACCUAUAGUAUCUACGCUUCUAAAGCAUUAUGUCUUCACUAGGCUGAGUUCUUCAGGUGACUUUCCCAACUCACCUUCAUUUUUCAUGUGCACAUUUUCCAAACGGUUAAACUAUGUGUUAUUUUAAAAAUAUUUUAUGCGAAGGUUGCUUUAAAAAAUUAUAUUAAUCUAUUUUCAAGUUUUUUUAAGCUAGUACUUAAUUAAUCAUACAUUAAUAAACACCACGCUUCCCAAACGCAGCCUUACGCAUGUAACAGUCCCUUGCGAGUUCCAUCUACCAUUUGUGCUAGUUUUAAAUUUGCCUAAUUUAGAAAUUAUAUGUUCUCUUUUAUUCGCAAAAAUUUGCUUCGUGAAAGUUUUAUAAAUUAAAAAGGUUUAAUUUUGGGGGGUAUUAAAAGGGUUUAAUUCGACUAAUUAAUUAGAUAGCACCCAAUUAUUAAUUGAAGUUAUUUUAUCUUAUUUGAUGUUCUAAAGUGGAGCUUAUUCCAUUAAUCCUGAAAAUUCUCAGAAUUCCAUUGUUUCAAAUACAAAAUAUUUCAAAAAGGUCCCUAUCCUUUUCUCUAUUUUUUUUCUCUUCCUUCAUUCCUCUUUUCCAUUCUUCCAUUUGGCAACCCACGAGAUGGGAAAUCCUGGCCUGAUCCGUGCCGUAUCCCCAGGAAAGCUCUCACGUGUCAACUAGUCAGGAGGAUAAUGUACCAAAUGUUGCUGCAAUGGCUGAUAUAGAUCGUCAAUUGGAGAAAAAGACAGCGGCCUUGAGAGAGAAUGUUCCCUCGUUAU